UCCAAACGGAUACUCAAACUUGAACGUCCCAACCUCGCAGAAGGAUACGCGUGUGGAGGAAGUAUUGUUUGUCGGUGCAUACGAGAUUCUUACAAACAGACACAAUGAAGCCCAAGUUUGGAAACGAUUUGACAAAUGUUAUCCUGCGACAGUCCCAGGUGGUGCAGACUCGGAUGGCGGGGAGGGCCGUCAUCAAGGUGGUCAACAGGUGCAAUGACGCCAAGGAAAACAACAGCCUUAACUUGAGCGAAUGCCAGCUGUGUCAAGUGCCGGACGCUGUGUUUCACCUCAUGAGGAACACACCGCUCACCACGUGCAACCUGUCCGGAAACCUGCUCUCUAAGAUUCCUCCCAAGUUUGCCCUCAAGUUCUGCCUCAUUACAGAGUUGAAUGUCUCCCACAACAAGAUGUCCAAGUUGCCCGAGGAACUGGCAGACUGUGUGGAGCUGCAGCGCCUCGACCUCAGCCACAAUUCUUACGUCAACCUUCCCUCUGUGGUGUUCCGGCUGCCCAAGAUCAAGGCCAUCUACGUUAACAACAACUAUAUCAUGGAUAUUGAAGUGGAGGAAGUUCAAAGAGCAAAAACCCUGGAGGAGUUUGACAUCACUGAAAACCCACUUUCACCAAAGAGUCAUGAUGGCCUUAGUGCAGUGACCAACCUCAGGAUAAAGCUAACCCCGCGGGAGCUGGAGGAGUGGGAAGACCUCAAUGUUUGAAUGCACUAUCAUUCCUCAGCGUCCUCACCUAGCGCCCUUCAACCUUGUGAACUGUGGAUGUCAUCAGAGCCUGGCAUGUGAAAGUGCUGACCUGUGGUUUUAUUCACUGUCUCCUCCUCAGAACAUACCAUUAUGAUGUAACUGAUUUAAUGGGCAUGAACAAUUUGUAAUGAUUGGUUUUACAUAUAAAGGCUGUACCUUACUAGUUUUAUACAGCCAAAGAUAUACCAGAUCAAAUAUCAGCUCAAAUUAUGUGAUGUGCUGUAGAAGUAUUGUGACAUCCAGUACAUACUUUAAGAGAUAAAUAAUUGGAAAUGGCACUGACCAUUCAGUGCAGUUGUGAAAUCUUGCAAUGGCAAUGAUAAUUCUAUAUAUCUAGAGGUUAAAAUUACAAAUGUUUUGAAGGUGAUUUCCAUUUAUAUUCCUGUACAUUGAGUUCAUAGUUAUUGUGAUUCAGAUUAAGUAGUUUAUUUUUUGUAAGAAGCCCAAGUUCAUUGUUGUGUCUUGUUAUUGUUACCUUUACUUUGUGAGGCAUAAGGAUGAUUAUUUAUAAAAUUGUUUAUUUUUAGUGAUUUGAAAAGAUCUGAUUUUAUCUUGAGCAGGCUGUAAUCCACAGCCAUAAUACUGACUGCAACUAACUACUACAUACAUAUGGUAUGUUGUUACCUAAUUUCAUAAUGAUUCUUUUUUUGAUCAAACACAUGAUGUGAUCCUAAACUAUCAAAGGGAGCUGAUAAUUUGACAUAUGUCAUUUUUUUGAAGGGCAGAUUUCAUGAUUGCCUAAAGAAAGUAUGCUGUUGGUUUUUCACCUGUUUUCAGUUUGUUAAGGUGCACAACAACUGUAUGGUUAGUGUUGAGUCCCUUGUUUUCUUGGUCACAUCUGAGGAUUAUAUCAUAGUGUUGCUACCAGUUAUUUCAUACCUCAAAAUUAUUUAAACUUGCAUAACUAAACAAAAAUAGACGUUCUUCAUACUAACACAUCACCAUUUCCAUUGCUAUACUAAGUCACAUUUGUUCAGGGUGGCUUAUGGAAUUUUAUUGUAUCUACUAUUCAUCAAUAUCACCAUCAUCAUCGGCCAUACCAUAACACCUCUUCACUAAUUCCUGUUGCAUCUCUAAUGAUGUUUCUGCUUUUCAGUUUCACAUGCCCAUAAGAUAUUGUACUUCCAAAUGGAAAAUAGGAGAUUAGUGACGUUUUUUACAUUAUGAAUGACUUUGAUAGAUAAGGAUAUUGAAUUUUCUGAUGUUUAAAGAAAAUGUAGGUUAUGAAUUAUUGGCAUACUACUCUUCAGUUCUUUAUCCAUUGUUCUACACAAUAGCACUAGAACCCUAACAUUGCUCUACUAGUUCCUUGGUUGCAGGAUUGUGUUAAUCUUUGAUGAAACUUCAGAUGAGUGUUUAAGAGGAGGGGUCAUAUUUGCUGCUAGUGGAGAUACAUUAUUGUGUGGCAAGCGAUGUCUUUCACAGUAACUCUAGAACUAACACAGUAUCUAGUCACAGGUUGGGAUGUAUAUAUUGUAUUAUAUAUCAUGCAUUUGGUGGUGGACUUGUAUAUUAUUUUAUUUUUAUGUGUUGUGUAUGUAAACUUUGUCAAAGAAUCUUGUUAUACUGAGUGGUUAGCCGACAAGACCAGUCAGGAAAAAAGUGAUAGACUAACUAUAGUUGCCUAUAGAAUAAUUCUCCCCAAUAACACUGCUAACAUGGAAACUAUUGCUUUGUAAAGUAUCAUAAAUAUAAACCUCUUGCAUUCCGUAAGAUUUGUCUUUAUAUUUUUUUCAAUACUUCAACUUUUAUACUAUAGUCUCUAACUGAUAACAUGAUAUGCUGGCCUGUGUCACCUUCCCUGCCUGCUGACUACAGACCACAGUAAAAGUUCACUGUGAAGAAGACUUAUGGAUUCAAUCAAAGUUUACCAGUAUGUAGCUUUAAUACAGUAUGUAUCGGUUCGAGCCAUAAGCAUAUAUGUAAUGAAAUGUCAAUCAGGACUCAUGUAACCCACCAAUAGUUUCAACUCAUUAAUCAUGUGGUUUUGCCAAGACACCCAAUGUAAGGUUGGACAUCAAGAUCAGUGUGUGACAUAUCUCCAUCUGAGGAGUUUCCUAUUGUCAGACUCAAUGACAUGUGUUGGCCUAGAUCACUAUUUCUUCAGCUAAUAUUGGUUAAAUUUGGGGGAAUAUCAUAAAUUUAAUGUUUAUUGAACUUAAUAGUUUCCUACUCUUUGCUUGCUUACUUAUAGUGUUAAGUAAUGGGAAGUGGAAAUAGUUAACACUAACUGCCGAGUGUAAUGUUAACAGUAUGUAUUUCAUUCAAAGAAAUUCAAAGUUUAUAUAGCUUAUUUAAUUAACAAAUUGGAUGUGCAAUUCUUUCAAAGCUGCUUUAACCUAAGGCUGUUUAAAUGAAGAAGUUAUAUAUAUAUUUACUGUAUGUAUAUGUAUAUACUAUUAGAAUAAGUUUUACAUUGAAAAAUGUAUUACUUAUUUAUAGAUUUUAGAAAGAUUUUUUAUACGCGAAUACAUUUAAUAUAAGAUAGAAAAA